AUGGGGAUCGAAAGGCAAACUCGACGAAGGCUCUGCUCCCAGUUUGCUUUUCAUUUGGCUCUGCUGCUGUUUGUCGGAAUACGGGCUUUGGCAGAAAUAAGAUAUUCUGUUCCAGAGGAGGUGAAAGAUGGGACUGCUCUUGGAAAUGUUGCGAAGGAUAUUGGCAUUGACAUCACCUCUUUGAUUGACCGACGGUUCCGUGUUGUUUCUGAAUCUAAGGAGAUAUUUUUUGAGGUAAACCAGAACAAUGGAGCUCUGUAUGUCCAUAAGAAAAUCGACAGAGAGGAGCUGUGUCACGGAAGCGGUGCAUGUCUCAUGGAGCUAAAAGUCAUAGUGGAAAACCCUCUGGAAAUACACUAUGUAGUUGUAGAAAUUACUGAUGUAAAUGAUCACUCUCCUAGUUUUCCCGAAAAAGAACAGACAUUUGAAAUAGGUGAACAAACAUUACCUGGAAGACGAUUUCAACUACACACUGCUCGUGAUCCCGAUGCUGGAAUUAACUCUAUUCGUACAUAUACUAUAACAUCAAAUGAACAUUUUGAAGUAGACAUCCGCCAAAGCGACGAGGAUAAGAUACCAUUUUUAGUGCUGAAGAAAUCGUUAGACAGAGAACAAAAGAACAAACACACGCUGCUGGUUACAGCAGUUGAUGGAGGCAAACCUCCAAGAUCAGGGACACUGAAUGUUUCCAUAAAGGUUCUUGAUAUUAAUGAUAACAGACCCACUUUUUCGAAGGAGGUUUAUUCUGUGGCAUUAAAAGAAAAUGUUGCAUUAGAUACGGUUGUAGCAAAAGUUCAAGCAACUGAUCUCGACGAGGGGUCUAAUGGGGAUGUAGAGUAUGCUUUCGGAGGCCACAUUAAUUCCAAGGUGUUGGAGCUAUUUAGUCUAGAUAGAAACACAGGUGAAAUCAGAGUUAAAGGACAAAUUGACUAUGAGACAGCUGAUGUUUUCAAGUUAGACGUCCAAGCCUCUGACAGAGGGCAGCCUCCGAUGACAACGGACUGUAGAGUGAUAAUAAAGAUCCAAGAUGUCAAUGACAAUGAACCACAAAUAGAGGUGACAUCAAUAUCCAGCAUGGUCCCAGAGGAUUCAAAACAUGGUACGGUGAUCUCUCUUAUUAGUGUUACAGACAUUGAUUCUGGACCGAAUGGCAAAGUCACGUGCAGUCUGACAGGGAACGUACCAUUUGAAUUAAAACCGUCGUUCAAAGAAAACAUGUAUUCAUUAGUGACAAAAGAAACACUGGACAGAGAAAUUGUGUCACAUUAUGAUAUCUCCAUAACGGCUACAGACUACGGUGAGCCUCCACUUUCCAUAUUCAAAACUUUGAGCAUCCAGGUAUCAGAUGUGAAUGAUAACAUCCCCCAAUUCUCACACAGUCCCCUAGAAUUAUAUUUGACGGAAAAUAAUGCUCCUGGCGCAUCGAUAUUUUCAGUGAGUGCCUCUGAUAAAGACUUAAACGACAAUGCUGCAGUGUCCUAUCGCAUAAUGAGAGGGGAGGGCGGUCAUACUGACAUGGCAUCUUUCCUCAAUAUAAAUCCAGAUAAUGGACACAUUUCAGAAGCCACAGACUAG